AAGGUGGAGUUUGGCUUUAAGGGGGAGUCUCCAGCCUUCCUCACCAAUCUUUAGGAUCUGAGCUGGAGGAAUACCAGAGGUUCCUUCCCUUUUCCCUACUCCUUGUUCUCCAUCCACCCUCGUGAGCCAACCCCAGAGAAGAUCAAAGACAGGGAGAGCAAUUGCAAGGUCGUGCGAGGGAAAUGCGGGACCGAGGAUCGGGUCUGCUCAAGGGCUGACGGGAAUAUUUUGAACUUUGGAAACGGUCUGGAUGAAAACUGCGGCGGCUGUACAGCAAACUGCAAACAACAUGAAUACUUCAGUUCUCGUCUCACCUGGAAAUAACUCUGUGCACCUGAAUUUUUCAGAGAAGAAUUCCCAGAUCUUACAGUUUGAGGAUGAAGAUUGCCAUGUGCCUUUGGCCAUGGUCUUCACUUUGGCCUUGGCUUAUGGGACUGUGAUAAUUCUGGGCGUCUCUGGGAAUCUGGCCUUGAUUAUCAUUAUUCUAAAACAAAAGGAGAUGCGCAAUGUUACUAACAUCCUCAUUGUCAACCUGUCCUUCUCCGAUCUUCUGGUGACCAUCAUGUGUCUUCCCUUUACCUUCGUAUAUACUUUAAUGGACCACUGGAUUUUUGGAGAGGCCAUGUGCAAGUUGAAUCCUUUUGUGCAAUGUGCCUCAAUCACUGUCUCUGUCUUUUCUUUAGUCCUCAUUGCUAUUGAACGCCACCAGCUGAUCAUCAAUCCCCGUGGCUGGAGGCCGAAUAACAGACAUGCCUACAUGGGGAUUGCUGCCAUAUGGAUUUUAGCCACAGCUUCCUCUUUGCCUUUCCUGAUUUACCAUGUGUUAACAGAUGAACCCUUCAGAAACAUAACAUUUGAUGAAUAUAAAGACAAAUAUGUGUGUUUGGACCUGUUCCCUUUGGACACCGCCAGGCUUUCUUAUACCACAACUCUUUUGGUCAUUCAGUACUUUGGACCACUUUGUUUUAUAUUUAUUUGCUACUUAAAGAUAUACAUACGAUUAAAAAAAAGGAACAACAUGAUGGACAAGAUGAGAGACAAUAAAUACAGAUCCUCUGAAACCAAAAGGAUCAACAUCAUGCUGAUCUCAAUAGUGGUUGCGUUUGCAGUUUGCUGGCUGCCUCUCACCAUCUUCAAUAUUGUGUUUGACUGGAAUCACGAAAUUCUGCCUGUUGCGACCUGCAGCCACAAUCUGUUGUUCCUGAUUUGCCACCUCACGGCCAUGAUCUCUACCUGUGUGAACCCUAUCUUCUAUGGGUUUCUCAAUAAGAACUUCCAGAGGGACCUGCAGUUCUUGUUUCAUUUCUGUCACUUCCGCUCCCGUGAGGAGGAUUAUGAGACUAUAGCCAUGUCCACCAUGCACACAGAUGUUUCAAAAACCUCUUUAAAGCAGGCAAGCCCAGUUGCGUUUAAAAAAAUAAGUAGUGAUGACGAUGACAAAAUAUAAAAAAAGUAAUAAUAAUCCUACACCAAACUGUUGGAAGAGUGAUUACAAGUGAUGUGUGUUCAAGGACAAGCACAAUCAUGUAACAAGUAUAAAAUGGAUAAAGCUUUUCUUCCUUCUUUCAAGGAACUUUGAUUGUUGUCACUCUGAAAUUAUAUGCUGUGCAUUUUUGCACCUUUUGCUGCUUUAAUGUUCACAGCAGUUAUACCUGAAUCUUAUUACAAGACAUAGUUGGACCUGCUACUACAUAGGGUUUUCAUCGGCUAUCUUUUGUUCUGUUUUCUUUGUACAGUUACGCACUUUAGCACAAAGAUUUAUAUUGACUUUUUUCCAAAGAAGUAUUUUUCAGGAGUGUCCAUCUCAGACCAUUAGAAACAAUAUGGACCACAGAGAGGCUGUCACUGCAGAGGACACCCAUCCCACAUAAAAUUAGGACAUUCUGAUUUGAAGAGGUCUUUUUUUUUUAACUCAGCUUUUGAUCAGUGUUAAAAUCCUUUAAAAUGAGUAUAGCCACACAAAAAUGAUUCUGUGAAACCUGUAGAAUAAGUUAUAUGGGGACAUGCAUUUGUCUCACUAUGAGUGAGAAGCAAUUCAGGCUGUAAUCACUUAGGUUCAAAGACAGGAUUAAGAGAGAAAUUCUGUUCUCAUUUACGAGAAUAAAAACCCAGAGUAAUUCCACAGAGCACAAUGGGAUUACUCUGAUGUUCCAGCAGCGUAAAUGAAAGCACAAACGGGCCUUUAAUCCCAACUGAUUAUAGCUGAUUUUAAUAACACAGGCUUUUUUAGUUUUAAAAAACAACCCCCUAUUUUCAUCUGCCAUCAUUGGAAGGAGUUAGUGUUGCUGGGAUAAAAUUCACUAUCAGUUCCAAGCCUAUGAACCCUAUAAAUUCUACUUAAGACCUAUGUCAAGAAUCUAAAGAGAGGUUGAAAUGUCCACCCUCUGCACAGGGUGGAAUUCUGUCCUCACAGGUGACACUCAAAAUCAGGUCUAGGAUAAAAAAUUUGGAUUUAGCUACCUGAAUCUUUUCAUUGUGAUUAGUUCCUAUCUGUAUAAAUUAUGUAUAGCCUCAUAGAAUUCUGUGUUCAAAUGCAAUGGUGAAAACCUGGAUUAUUUCCAAGACAAUGGAUGGUUUAAUCAAGAUUUGCACAAUUUAAAAGGAGGAUAUAGUUUGGUUGUAAUUGGUAUAUUAGCUUCCAAACUCACAGUUUCCGUAGUUGAUUGAAGUGUGGAAAUAUUUGCCAAAUAUAUACGAUAGAGCUCUGUGUGUUAUUGCUUAAAAUAUAUAACCUCUAAUUACACAAAAUAUACCGGACUAGAUCCCCAGCUGAGGGAAACCCACAUAGCUUAACUGCUGCAAAUGGAACUACAACAAUAUUAGCCAGCUGAGGUUCUGUAUCAUAAAAUGUACUUUGCUGCACAAUCAAUGCCUUUUUGAAUAACCAGCUUUUGAAAAUACAAGAUAGCCCCUAUUUUCAUUUAGCAAGUUUGCUUUAAAUCAUUCUGGCAGAGAAGAGGGUCUUUAAAAUGGGUAUACAUGUAAAUGUAGCAUAAAUGGCAAUCAGACCUGAUAUCUUUCAGAGCAAGGAGAUCUCAGGAUGUGAUGGUGAAUUUAAAAUGCUCUACUUUGGUAUGGAUAAAUGCCUAAGAAAUGAAAAUUAUUUGAUUUGCCAAUAUUUAAAAGUCAAAAACUGUGCCUUGUGCAGUCUUAUAAAUAGUGUAGAAUAUUAAAGUAGCAAUGUGGUGUUGUGCAUUAUAAUUCCAUGUAUUUCUUUAUUGGCAGAUAAUUUAUUUAAAGAAGAGUGUGGUUGAGAAUAGAGAGGGAAGUAUUAUACGUAAAAUGAAUUAUAAAGAGAGAACUUUGUUUUAUAGCUUUGCCCUUUUGUGUUUUACAAGAUUUCCCUUGUCUGUGUGGUUCUCUAUGGAACAUGUUGCUAGUAAUUUAACAACAGGCUCCUGAAACUAUUCCCCUAUCACUUUACAUUAAUUUUCAUAUACAAAGGAGUGCAUAUUUUCACAAAGAGAUAUAAUAUAGAAAUCUAGCUUUGUUUUUGUAUUAAAAAUAUCACAGUAUUCUUUUUCCCAUUAGAAAAAAUCACAGUGAUUUUUUCUGAUUAAUGUUUUUCUCAUUUUAAAAAAAGCAUUUUCUUCCAAUCGAGUGGGAGAAAGUGACAGAAUUACUUGAGCAACUACCAGUUAAUUUAUUGGAAAUGUUUGAUUUGGCUGAAUUAAAUGAGCAAACAGGGUGAUAAAUUAGAGCAACUUGAGAGGAAUCUGCUAGUGCACAGAGACUAAAACUAGUAUGUCCUAAGAUUCAGAGGUUUUCAACAGGAUAGCAGCAUUAUUCCUACGUUGACCUUCCUCUCACUUGAGGUAUGGCCUCAGAUCAUAUAACCCAUCUGUUUUCAAGUGAUACCACCUCAUGCUACCUGCCUGAGAAUGUGUGAAUCAGGUGGUUUUUACCUACCGAGCCUGACGAACAUGUUAAAGCCGUGUCAGCAGGUGUAAUUUGGAGUAUUGCUUAGGCUCGGCCGCAUUAACCCGGGACCUCUCCCAGGAUCAGACUUCUUGCAUACGUUUCCUCCCUUCCUUGCAAGAAGCCCUCUGCUGUUUCCAGCCUCUGCUAAGGACACAGACUAGCACAGUCACACAAAUAGCAGUGGUUAUGCUGCCUGAAAUGACAGUGGGAAGUGAACACUGUGUAAAAAGGAAUGUGUUCAGCAGAAAAAUGAGUUUGGAGGAUUUCAAAAGCUAAACCAUUGCUUUUCAGAAGAAUUUUUAUGAGGACAAAGGUGAAAAUAGUCUCUCUGAGGGGCUGACCUGACAUCUGCAGGGCAUAGAUGACAUCUACUGAGAGCAGUAUUUUUGUCUUUGGUUUUAUGACUUGACACUGGAAUCCUGAACCCCCCUGGGGACUUUCCUCUCCUGACACCUGACUACAACACUAAUCCUCUCUUUCACCUUCAGAUCUGCAGCAUGGCUUCUCAUCCUGCAUACACAAAAUUUCUUUACAGGGGGGGCUGCUGGAUUUCAUAUUUCUCGAUCAUUUCUCAGCCAUUCUGAUUUGAUGUUUGUUCUUCCUAUGUGAUGUUUUGUCAAACUCUCCACACUUCAGCACAUGCUGAUUCCUAUCUCAAAAGCCUGUAACUUUCUGUUAUUCUUUCAGACAGGUAGAAAAGUUUUACUGACAGAAAAACAAAAUAGCGAGGGAUCUAUAAUGUAUCUUACUAUUUAUUUAUGUGUAAUACAUUUAAUGCCAAAUCUACAGCCUUAAAUGACAAAUAUAACUACUUAAUAAACAUUAAUAUCAGAUUCAUUUGUCAGUUAUUUUAUCAUCUUAAAAUUCCCUUUUAUCCACCACAGAUAUUUAACGCCCCUGCAUAAUCAUAAUAUACCAGCAUAUUUCUGUGUCCUCUUAAACAUUUCUGUGUUCCCAUACUGCUUUUUCAGCAUAUCUCUUGGUUGUGUCACUGUCACCAUGUGCUGUAAUCCACAACUUUCCUGCCUCUAUAAAGAAAGGACGUCAGAAAAGGAGGUAAAUAAUUGAAUCAUACCUGGUUUUGAUAGACUAGGAGAAAGGUGGAUAAGAAAAAUAACUUUGUUUUUACCAGCCCCUACUUCAGCCUUAAAAAUCAGGUUUAAACCGGGAAAAGGAAUUAACAUGACUGGUCCUCUAAGUCACUUGAGCUGUUGCUGACUGCAUUUCAUUACUGAUGAAGGUGUGAAGGCCUAAUGGUUCCUAUAUUCUGACUCUGUUGUCUUGCAAUAAAGUACCAUCUAUUAUUAAUGGAUCUUAAAAGCAAAAUUUGAUAGUGGUUUAUAUUCAGACUCUAAAUGAGCAUAUGCUUACAUCUGGCCUUGUUUAUCAAAUUCUGAUUUUCCUCAGGAAAAUGUUCUAAGAUGAAUGAGACCAAAGAAUUUGCUUAAAAUUAAUCAUUCACCUAAGCACUCUGUUGAAGAAAAGUGAACUGCUGGUUGGGAACUCACAUGUUUUCCUAAAAGCCAGAUUUUGGAUUUCAGCUUAUUAUAGGAACAAGUUAACGCCAUAUAACUUUUCUCCAGAUUUUUCUCUGAAGUCUAGGGCCUGACAAUACCUCAGUUUAAGGUUUUGGUUCAGACCUAUUCCUAAUUCCUCAGAUCACAGAUUUUACCAAACCGUUGUAUAGAGAAUGAAGACAAUAAGGAAACUGAUUUUCUUUGUUUGUUUGUGUUUUUAAAGUAUAUAUAACACUAGGAGACAUGGGCUUAAAUAACACCUCUGACUGCUACAGAUUAAAUUAAUUCAGUUGAGUAGAGAGGAUGGGAAAACUGGGUGAUAAUCAAAUGAGAAGUUUCAUUGGUAGCCCUUUCUCAACUGAAAGAUAUAUACAACUUAUAGCUCUAUCAUGUCUUCUUUAUUCCUCUUCAUAUUGUUUAAUAGGGGGGUAUUUCCCUUGAGAUGAAAACAUAAAUACCUGAGUUGUUACUAAAGAUUGUGUCAAAGCAAGUUAUUUUCUUCUACCCAUUUUUUGUGCAAUUUCAAAUAUUUGAGGAUGAUAUUCCAGAGAGGAAAAAAUGACCAGCUCUAAUCUCUUAUAAUCUAAUUUACCUGUGGCCAAAAAUCAUAUUGAUUCAAUUUUUUUUUCCUGUGCAAAACAGCAUUAGUGCUCUAAUUAAGUUGAUAUUUUGAAGGUUCGGGAGAGAAAUCACAAAGACUAACUCUAGCCAGAGGAUGGUAAUUUUCCUAACGUCCUCCAAUAGCAACUCAAGGGCAUCCCCACCUGCUCUUCUACAGGUGCUGCACACCUGCUGAAAUGUCUUUCUCUCCAGUACUUCUACAGGGAGUUAAGGGGAGACCGCCUUCCAGGGCUAACGUUUGGCCUAGCGAAUACUGCCGCCCGUCCUCUAAACUCCGUGUUGUUAGAACCAUCAAUUUAUACUUCAUAAACUUAAACUGCAUAAAUUUAUACUUCAUAGGAAUGAGUUUCUGAGGAAAUCACAGGAGUUUGUACUCUGAUUUUGUAAAAUGCUAAAGCGUGUGGUAAAACUCACCUCCAUUCAGGAGAGUACUUUAUGCACGUGCUGAGCUUUAAAUAAUUACUUGCACUAAAAUUCUGUUCUAAGUAGGCAAAUUUCUCAGAAUUCACACUCCAUAUAAAUACAAAGUUUACAAAGCCCAUGUAGGUUGUAAUUAUGUCCACGCAGAAUAUCCAUCUCAUUACAGCAAAACUGUCAGCACACUCUAUCUUAUGUUUUCCAAAGAUCUGUGCUGAAGGUCUGGUCAUCUGACACAGAUUAGGCUUAGUCUCAAGAAUGUGCAUCUGGUGCAAAGGUGCUUGAGGCUGCAGCACAGGUGGGGCUCCCCAUGGUCAGCUGAUUUGCUACAAAGCAUGCAAACUUUCAGAUGCAAAGGUAAAUAUAUAUCUCUUACCUCAUAUGCAGUUUGGAGAAGAGCAAAAAAGCAGAAAUUCUAGGUGACGCCUUGAUACAGUCUGUGCAGUAUACAUAAAAGAUUGAAAGGCGAACUCAGACAUUUAUUCAUGUCUGAGGCCAACAGAUUGAUAUGUAAAUAGUUUUAGGGUAAAAUGGUGGUCAGAAGGUGAUGUGUAAAUAACACGUUCUCUACUUCUGUUUUCUUGAAAGGGAUAUGUAUUUUUAAAAAUGACAAGCAGGACUCUGAAAGCCUAUUUUAAGAAUUUUCACCUCAGAUGUAUCUAGAUUUCAUUUUGAGACCAAGGAAACAAAAUAUUUUUGGCACAAUGGAGAAAGAACAGCUUUCCCAUAGCACCCACCCACUACACGAGUCCAUUUUAUUUCAUUUCUGCGCAACAUGGAGAGCAUUUGUUCAUGACAGGAGUAGUGCCUUGAUCGACAACGCUCUCCUUGUGUUUCUCGGUUCUUGUUCACACUGACACCAUGCUGCUGUUUUUCACUCCACAAUCUAUUUUUUUCCUGCAAGUGGUGUCAUUUUUAUUAUGCUGUUUUUAUUGUUUCUUAAUAAAAGCUGUCUGUGAAAAGAUAUUCUUGAA